AUGGCCCCCAGACAAAAAAUCCUGCUCCUCGGAGCAACAGGCGAAACCGGCGCGUCUAUACUGAACGGUUUACUAGCAUCUAACCAGUUUGAUGUAGAGAUCCUAGUCCGACCCAGCUCCGCAGAAAAACCCGCAGUGCAGGAGCUCAAAACCCGGGGCGUCGCAUUACGAGUCGCGGACAUCACAGCCCCCGAGGAAGAACUAGUCUCUGCCCUGGCGGGAAUCGAUAUCCUCAUCAGUGCCAUUGGACCUAACGAUCUCUUGCAGCAGAAGACCCUGGUGAGGGCUGCAAAGAGCGCAGGGGUGAAGCGAUUUGUCCCCUGUGCUUUCAUCACCGUUGCGCCGCCGAAGGGUGUGAUGUUGCUUCGUGAUGAGAAAGAAGAGAUCUACAACGAAAUCAAAAGACUGGAGGUACCGUACACAGUCAUCGACGUCGGCUUCUGGCACCAGAUCUCCAUCCCCCCGCUCCCGUCUGGCCGGAUUGAUUACGCACUGAUGAUGCCGGAAGCUGUUAUCCAUGGCGAUGGCAAUGCGCCUAAUCUACUCACAGACCUGCGCGACAUCGGCCGCUUUGUAGCCCGGAUUGUGGACGAUGAGCGCACGCUCAAUAGGUAUGUUUAUACCUGGAGUGACGUCCUAAGCGAGAAUGAGAUCUUUGAGCUUGUGGAGGAGGGUUCUGGAGAGAAGAUUGAGCGGAAAUAUGAAACCGCACAGCAGAUUGAGAAACGGCUAGAGGAUGCCUUGGCUGCUCUUUCUCUUGAUCCUACUGACCCAGCAAAACGCAUGCAGGUCUAUAUUGUGCAGUAUGUGCAUAGCAAGUAUGUCCGAGGGGAUAACCAGCCCCGCUAUGCAAAGUAUUUGGGGUACCUCGAUGCUAGAGAGCUGUAUCCAGACCUGAAGCCGGUUUCUUUUAGAGAAUCCUUUGUUGAGGUUCUUGAGGGGAAGGGGAAGAGGCCUUACUACUAG